UAAAAGAGAACAGACCACGCUCAAUAUUCUUACAAGUUCAGGUUGCAUUUGUGAUACAAGUAUUUGAACUUGUCGGUGCUCUUUAGAUCCGCAGCCAUGGUGCUCGGUGAUAUUGGAGAGUUGCUUGAAAUGUUUAAAAAUAGUUUCCCCUUUUCGUUUUUAUUUUUUAUCCCUAUCCUCAUUAUCCUAUCCCCGGUGAGUCCAGUCUCAGCGGCCCACGAGUUUGCUGCCCUUCGCAUGCAACAGUACGAUCUACAUGGUGUGAGCUAUGGUUGUCGCAGUUCCCCAGUUAACAUGGAAGCCCGCCCAGUUGAUGCCAAGAUGAUCACGAGGCGCUGCAUUGUUGCCCGCCUCCAAGAAGUGUCAAUUUCCAAGUACCGGGACUUGAUACAAGAGAACGCAGGGGCACUGCUGGUACUCCUGCCCUCUGAUCUCACAUCUAUCUCCAAAGAGGACAAGCAACAUUUGCAAAUUUUGGAGAGAGAUUUGCUGGCAGAGGAAACCACAAUCCCUGUGUAUUUCGCUCUUGAAACAGAAGAACUGUCUUCUAUCUAUGAAGAAAUUCACAGAGGAAAUGCAGGGGAUCAAGCUUCAACUGCUAUUGAAGCUCUGAUGAGUGGAGCCACAGCCAAUGGUUUCCAGAUGGUUGUAGCAGGAUCCCAAGCCAAGAGUCUUGCUGACUUCCAAAUCACAAAUAUUCAGGGUCACUUGUCAGGCUAUGGCAUUGAGGAACAACUACCCACUGUGGCUGUAGUAGCCCACUACGACUCCUUUGGAAUCGCUCCGAGCCUGUCUACUGGUGCUGAUGCCAAUGGAAGUGGAGUCAUAGCUCUGCUGGAACUCGCUCGCUUGUUUUCCAAACUCUACACAAACUCCAGGACACAUGCCAAAUUUAAUUUGGUCUUCUUGCUGUCUGGGGGAGGCAAAUUUAACUAUCAAGGAACAAAGAGGUGGAUUGAGGACAACCUAGACUCUCAAGAUUCCAACUUGCUGUCAGAUGUGGCUUACGUCCUGUGUCUAGACGGGAUAGGUAAAUCAGACGAGAUGUACCUUCAUGUCUCCAAACCUCCCAAAGAAGACUCACCUGGCCAUCACUUCCUACAGAAUCUGCAAAAUGUGCUCAAGUCAUUCUAUCCUGGUGUCAAAUUUGAAAUGGUGCACAAAAAGAUCAACUUGGCUGAUGACUUCUUGGCAUGGGAACAUGAGAGAUUUAGCAUCAAACGCCUGCCUGCAUUCACUAUCUCUCACUUUAACUCACACAAGGACCCAGAUAGAAGUACAAUUUUAGACCAGAGGGAAAGUGUUGAUGUGGGAAAGCUGAGCAGAAAUAUUGAAAUUGUUGCUGAAGCACUAGCUAGAUAUGUGUACAAUGUCAGUAGUCAUGGAAACCUGCAGCUAUUCUCAGGAGGACUGGGAGUCCAGCAGGAUUUGGUGGAAGCCUGGCUGGGCCAGCUCACAUCUCAGCCUCGCGCCACCCAGCUACUGCCCAAGGACCACAGUCUCCAUAGCAACCUGGAGGAGGCCAUGAGUCGCUACCUCAAAGACGUCAAGAGAACAACAUUCAAAGCAGACAAGAGAGAUCCAGAAUUUCAGUUCUAUGAUGGUGCAACAUACACAAUGAGUGCUUACAAUGUAAAACCUGCCAUAUUUGACUUGUUCCUAGCUGUAGCUAUCGUAGGAUAUUUAGCUGUUGUCUACCUUGCUGUGCAGAAUUUCCACUUCUUGUACAGUGCUAUGCAGAAAUUGUCAAGUCCGAAAAAACUCAAAGUGCAAUGAACAGUAUGUCAGUUAACUUAAUCUAUUGUAUUAUAAUGAUCAAAAUCUUUGGACGAUGGACACCUGGAAUCUUUGAUGAGCGACGUGUUGUUGUAGAUGGCCUCAUUGGUCUUUGUGUAUGUUUUCCGAGAGAAAUCCUGAUCUCCGACACCAAGCGGUGUCAAUCACCUCACAGAACCGCGACCUCUAGCCUGUAGUUUAUAUUGUGAUAAUGAUGAUGAACAAUCCAAAGAUGUCUUUUUUUCUACAUCCAAAAUAAACACACUUUUGUACUUGU